AUGGUUUAUUCAAUUGGUUAAGCCAAAAGAUCAGAUCCUGCUCUCAAAACAUUUGCUCCUGCUCCCAAUGCGUAUCUUCCAAAAUUAGUAUCCAAAUUGUAAUCUCCAUAAUGGACGUAAACCAAACUUAUUAGAGUAGUAUUGGAGGAGCAGCUUAAAGGGCAGGUAGAUCAACAUCAAUCGGACCAGGACCUGGAAAAUAUGGAUAUCAAUCUAAAAUGAUAGAAGGACCUAAAUACACUAUAAGUGGAAAACAUUAAGUGAAAUAAGUUUCAUAAUCUCCAGGACCAGGAAACUAUAAUGAUGAAAGUUUCAGUUCUGUUUACAAAAAAUAACCUAUGUAUACUUUGGGUCUAAAGCAUCAUACAUCAUAAAAGGAUAUCAUUCCUGGUCCUGGACAAUAUGAUUUAAACAGUUCUUACAUUUCUAACAACUCAAUUAAAUUUCCAACAUAACCAAGAUUAACAUCUUUAGAAAAUGUAAUAUCUCCUGGACCUGGAUGUAAUUUACAAUAUUAAUUUUAGAAUACAAUAUAGACAAGGCAGUCAAGUUAUUAUUAGAGAAAUCUUAACCUUCUUGGGUGAUAGGUACAUCUUAAAGAUCACCAGAAUUAAGGAAAUAAGACUUAUAACCAGGACCUGGAGCAUACCAUUUAAAAAGUCUACUCAAUUUAUCUAAAAAUUUCACAAUUAAAUAGAAAUUGAGUACUAAAGAUUAUAGUUCCAAUUAACCUGGUCCUGGAGCAUAUGAUUAGGAUAUUUCAUCAAUUAAAUCUACUUAUCCAUCCUGUAAGAUUGGUUCAGAAUUGAGAAACUCAUAAAAUCUAAUGGAUAAAUUAGUACCUGGACCUGGAUAAUAUUAUAGAGAGUAAUUAAUUGAUAAAUAUAAUAUAGAAGAUUAUAUAGUCUAAGUUCAUUAUAGAAAUCAGCUCCUUCAUUCAAGAUGCCUUAAGCAUUAAGGAAAGAUAUCAAUGAUUCUGUAACAAUUACUCCUGGACCAGGAUAAUAUUCAUUACCAUAGAAUUAAAAUACAUAGAUGGUCUCUAUGAAGGGAUCAAAUUAUAAUCCAAAUAUAUCAGCAUAUAUUCCAGGACCUGGAUAAUAUAAUCCAGAUGAUUCAGUAUGUAAAUAUAAAGAAGGUUCAGUAAAAAUUGUGCCAGAACACAAAACUAAAUAAUUAUUAACAUAGUAUUAACCAGGACCUGGAUAAUAUUCUGUUAAAUCAUCUCUCGAAGGUCCUUAAUGGGGAUUCUCAAAAGACAUUCGUUAAGGAUUAAUAAAAAAAGAUAUAAUUCCUGGUCCAGGUGCUUAUAAUAUCCCUCCUAAAUUUAAUGAUGUUCCUAAGUAUCUAUUGCCUAAAUAAUUUUGA